AUGCCUACCAUGGUCACGGCAAAUGUGUUUUAUAAGAAAACACCCGGUAUCUUGGAACUCACAGACUCUUACUUACAAUGGACUCAAAACGGCCAAAAAGCCCCUUCUGUGCGCGUUCCACAUGCUGAAACUUCAUCAUUGUUCUGCAGUAAAGAAGGCGCAUCCCAAGUAAAACUGAAAAUAGCUCUUUUUGGUGACGAUAAUGGCCAUAACUUCACCUUCAUCUCACCCAAUCCUGUGGCACUCGGAGAACGCGAAAAAUUCAAAGCAGAACUUACAACAAUCAUUGCUCGAAAUCGAAAAUCCACGGAAAGUCCAACGAAACUUCCGGUGUUCAGCUCUGUUUCUGCAGCUUCAACUUCCCAACCACUGAGGACUGGGGCAAUAUCGUCGCGGCCUUCCACUUCUAGAGCUACUUCUGUUUCCAGCGACAACUUACGCGCCACUCCUAUCAUUCCUGGCACAGACCCGGCUGCUGACUUUCGUCAUAGAAAGAAUGUGUUCAUGAACGAUCCGGAAUUAGCCGCGUUACACCGGGAACUAGUGGCUGGGGGGCACAUUAGUGAAGCAGAGUUUUGGGAGGGUCGAGAGCAUCUUAUAUAUGCCCAAGUAGCGCAAGACUCACAGCGCAAAGGCAAGUCAGGUGUUCUGGUGGACCCACGAACUGAAACUGUGGAUGGUGUCAUUCAAUUAACGCCUCAACUCAUACAUGACACUUUCGAGCAAUAUCCCGUCGUCGCGAAAGCUUAUCACGAAACCGUUCCUUCCAAGCUCACGGAGGCCGAAUUUUGGACGCGUUAUUUCCGCUCUAAGUUGUUCAAUGCACAUCGUGCAUCUAUUCGGUCUGCUGCAGCUCAGCAUGUGGUCCAAGACGACCCAAUAUUUGACAAGUAUUUGGAGAAGGAUGACGACGCAGAACUUGAACCUCGCCGACAAAGGGACGAUAAGGUGGAACUGUUCGUCGAUCUUGGCGCCACCCGCGAGGACCACGAACAAGUUGGUAACGAGCAAGACAUCACAAUGCAAGCUGGACGGCAAAAAGGUGCAUUGCCUUUGAUACGAAAAUUCAACGAGCAUUCAGAAAGGCUGUUGAAUUCUGCAUUGCAAGUCGCUCUCUUUAACAUCCCGUUCAAAUGUGCUUACCAGAUUUUUAGGGGAGAAGGAUCUUCAACAAAACGUAAGCGGACAACCAUUGACGAGGACUUGCAUAACCCUGAGUCAUCCGCCGGUAUAGCACUUGAAAUGCAAGAUAGACAACGGUAUUUCGAAGGACAGAUGAAGGAUACUCAACAUAAUACAUUGAAAGAGAAACUUGAUGUAACAUCUAUCAUAAGAAACACUGUAUUGAAUCUACAACAGUGGGACACUAAUUUUGCCCAGCUCAAAGUAGAACGCAAACCUUACGACGCUGCGUUGUUGUCGAUGACGCAGAAUGUCCACGCUCGACUGGACGUCAAAGUAAGGAAACAUGAUAUACCUGAAGGCCUUUUCAGACAAAUGCGAUCGUGUCAAACCGCAGCUAAUGAAUUUCUGCGACAUUUUUGGACAUCGACUUGUCCACCAAUGACCGACGGACAAAGCUCCAGUUUGUCUACCCCAGCUCAAAGAGCGGCAAAAGCCGCCAAAAUGAUUGGGUAUCUUUCUAAAACUCCCGAAAAAAUAGCCGCACUUGUACAGACUGCUCAACAACAGGGUAUUGAUCCAAGUCGUGUCGAGGUGGCUAUGCAACCUGUAUUUAAUGCGGUCGAACGUGCUCUCACUUCCUACUACAACAAAAAGACACCUGGUCCUCGCUCGUGA